GGGAUGACCAACCUUGCUCCUGGAGAUUUCAGCUGGAGCUUUCACCCAGAUGUUCUUGUGGUGGAAGAUGAGAAAGGACAACAACAAAGUCAUGAACAAUGAACAGUGUCCAAACACAGAGGAAAACUCCUGCUGAAGCGACUAAUCUUCAUACUGUUAUAAAGAUGGCGUUUAUUAAAGAGGAGAGUGAAGACCUGAUCAUCGAAGACACAUUCACAGUAAAACAUGAAGAUCCAGAGGAACAAACAGAGCUGAUGUUGCGGAAAGAAGAGACUCCAGGACUGAAUGAAACGGAGGAGAAUAUUCAGAAUGAGGAACACCGAGAUUUAAUGGCCGCUGAACAAUCCACUGUGGCAAAAAAGAAAUCCAAAUCCAAUGGUAACUUUCCCUGCAGUGAGUGCGGAAAAAGUUUCACUCAAAAACACAACCUCGUAAUCCACAUGAGCAUUCACACCGGGGAGAAGCCGUAUGCCUGCCAACAGUGUGGAAAGAGGUUCAGACUGUUACACAUCCUUCAACUUCACUUCAAACUUCACACUGGAGAGAGGCCUUAUGCCUGCACUCAGUGUGGAAUGAGGUUCAUUAAAAAACAAAGACUUGACACGCACAUGGCGGUCCACAGUACAGAGAAGCCGUUCGUUUGCCAGCAAUGUGGAAAAUGCUUUGCUCAAAAACAUAACCUUAAACAACACAUGAAAAUUCACACCGGAGAGAAACCUUUCGCCUGCCAACUGUGCGGAAAGAGUUUCAGUCAAAAGCAGCGCCUUGCAGUCCACACGAUGAUUCACACUGGGGAGAGACCUUACACUUGCGCUCAAUGCGGGAAGAGUUUCACACAGAGAAACAACCUCAAUUACCACAUGAAAUUUCACACCGGGGAUAAGCCUUACAUUUGCACGGAGUGCGGCAAAAGCUUUACAUAUAAAUACUACCUCAAUGCUCACAUGAGGACUCACACCAGAGAGAGGCCGUUUAUAUGUGGUCAGUGUGGAAAGAGUUACUGUCACAGAGGCAACCUCAGCCAACACUUGAAGCUCCACGUAGAAGAAACCAAAAACGUAACAUGAUGAUUUAGUCACGAUGUUAAAUAGUCACCGCUAUAUUACUAGAUACACAUUCUUUAUUACACAACCUUCUUUAUAAGGUCGAGAAACAAUAAUCUUGAUUUUCUGAUGUUUAAACUGAGGGAUGAUGGUGUGAAUUGUCUGAUGGAUGUCCACUCCCAAGUAAUCUUUUCUUAUGUCAUGGGUUCUCAAACUCAAUCCUGGGGGUUCAGCGUCCUGCAAAUUUUAGCUCCAACUUGCCUCAACAUACCUGCCAAGGGUGUUUCUAGAAAGCCUAU